AAAUGACCUCCAAGAAUCUCAGACACAGGCGAUAAGAUAGAACAGCAAUAGCAGUUUUGAAACCCCUCUGGCUGAAAUUGUGUCUUCUAAUUACAGUAACUUCUUCAGAAGGAGAAAUGGUUCCCUUGAUUUUCACUGUUGUACAUGCAAACGUACAAACUUGUCUUGGACUUAGGAAACCUUUAUAUCAAGGAGGUGACUUGAUGAUAGUGAAUAGAUUGUUCCAUGGAGAGAACCGCAGCUCUCUGAUGUGAACAGGCAGGGCAAGAGCUGGCAUCUGGAAGCCAGCAUUCAGGAAACUGAUCACAAACAGCUGUUUUAUUAGCAAAAGUCUCCAGAAAAACAAAGUAUUCUUCACCCUUGAGGAAACGUCCUUGAAGAAUAUGAACAUUAUUGAUCCAGAUUGGGUGCCUUUUUAAGGGACAACACCCUAGUCACUCUGUCUGAGGAAGUCUGACCUGUGCCACAUGUGGUGUAAAACUUAGUGAGAGGGGAGGUCACCUGUGCCUGCCAGGCUGUGCCAAGUCCCGUGUGCACCCUCAAAGUGUUUGCUCCUAAAGUAGUGCAAACACAUCCACCAAUCUCCUUUGAAUGCUUCAGCAAGUCAGCACAUCUCUGGCCUGUCAGCACAGCCUUCCUCAUCACACUUACCCUGCUUUGGGACCAUGUGUUUGAGUUAUGGAUAGGAGCCUCUCCACUUCUGUAGGGCUAUUUACAUCCCUUGUGUGCAACUGUAUCCCGGCUUUGGGAAAUGGUUACCAAACAACAGAUAAAAACCCAAACAACCCAAGCCCAUCUGAACCAAAGAGGAGCAGCGCUGAGCAGGAAGACUUCAGUAGGUGUGAAUGUGAGUGCUUGAAAUUGUUUGGAUUGUUUCUGUUUUACCGAACUAUGCAUCCACAAGUAUUUCACUGGGACUUGUUACUGCAGGUAAGUAAAAUAAACAGUUACCACAAGAGCAGCUGUUCAGUGAAAGAAACUGUGUCAGCUACACAAAAUGAUGAAGCAUCAGCAGAGAAGAGUUUCAACAUUUAGGGCUGCUGCCACAGGGCAUGAAAAAGUAAUCCAAAAAGGAACAGCCUUGUAUUAAUUCUAAUCCAAUUUCAACAUCUGGAGGUGAAUAUUCCUACAUGCCAGUUACAUGCGCAUGGGAAAUGAAAAGUAUUCUUGAGGAAAAUCAUGGCCAGAAAUGUUAUUUCUCUGGGAGGAAUAACUGCUGAGGAGAAAGCUGAGGACCCUUUUAGGGCUUUAGAAAACCCAGUUAUGCACUUCGUUUGCACAAUGUCAGAAAAAUUCUCCUUCUACCCUUUCCCUCUGCUUUUUGUGAUCGGGCAGCCCUUCAGCAUACGACGUUUGACUGAAGAUGAGAAUCGGGGGAUUGAUUUAUUAACGCGGUUUCUGAUAGGGUUGGUAAAAAAUUCCGGAAACCGCCAGUGCCCCGCCCUCCCACGAGAUUAUAAAAAGCUGCGGGACGGGAGUGCUGGGUAGAACGAGUGGUGCGGAGCUGGGCGCCGUCAUGGGACUCGGGCGAGUGGCGGAGCUGCUGCUGCUGCUGGUGAGUGCCGGGGGGGACUGGCCGGGGCUGCUGCUGGUGAGUGCUGGGUGGGACCCUGGCCGGGGCUGCCAUCUGCAGGUACGGGCUUGCCCACCGCGAGUGGCAGCCGGCAGCUGUCCGCAGCCAGAGCUCAAACCUCACCUUUUGAGGGGGGGAAAAAGUCUCCCUCCGUCUCUAGUGUGAAAGAGCCCUUUGAGUUUUUCUACCCUUCUCUUCUUCCAGAGUCUUUAGUAACUUGUCCGAACUUUUUGUUCGUGUUUGAUAUUUCGAGGGACUUGGUGCCGUGGGCGUGAGCGCAGCGACCUGACAAGAUGAGAGCAAGUAGCGUGUUCCCGAAUCACUUCCUAGCGCACUCGCUGCCACCCUUCUUUCUCUCCCCUAAAAGGAAAAAAAAAAAAAAAAUUACAAGUCAGAAGUGAGUUCUUUAAUAGUCCUCAUGCCAUUUAACUGUGAAGCUGGGAGUUUUCUCAACUCCUCGUAGUUACGGGGAAGACUUCCAGUCCACCGGGGAGAGAGUUGAAAGAGCAGGACCCUCUUGGUUUUAGCUUAGAAGUUGCCCGCUGGUGGCAAUUAGUGACGGGGAGCUCGGCGGCCGUCCCUUCCACUCCUCCCGCUUUUGUUCUCCCGUGUGAGUCUUGUGAGGGAUGGACUUGGGUGUCCCGGGACUGAGCCUGCGCUCGGCUCUGUGGAAACACCUGAGCUACCGGUGCUGGCUACGCGGGAGCCCUGCCCGGAGUGCGCGGCCCGCACGUUUCUUCCUGUUUAAAAAAAAAAACCAAACAAACAAAAAAAACCUAUUCCCAAUGCUUCUGUAGCAUUGCUGAUGACUCAGCUUGUCUUCUGCUUAAGAUUAGAGCCAGUGAAAAAUGCUGGAUGAAUCUGUGGGGCACUUCCUCAAUUUUGCAGGGGCAAGACUAGCACUGAUUCCAAUGAAUUAAAAAGAUGGGAGAAGGGAGAAACGAAUCCCUUGCACACCGCAGAAACUUUGUCGUCUGCAGUUCAACUGCAGUGAACUAGCAGAAAGAAAACAGAAGUUUAUACGGAGGCAAGGAUGUGCGGCAAUAGUUGCCCAAAACCCAUCAGCAGCUGCAUGGUGCUGCCUUAACCCCAGCUUUGUGAUGGCAAUUACUGCUGUGAGCAGCACUUAGCAGAAAUUAGUUUGGAUUUCCUCUGUGGCUUCCUGUAAACUUCAGAAUGUGUUUCCAAGUCUUCACAAGUUAAUCUCCCCUAGAUAAUUAUCGUGUCCUAGGAGGAUGAAUCCCUCAAAUGCCUGCUUGCCUCUGCUGUAGGUGGCGCUACUGACAAUGCUUAGAGCCCGAGCAGAGAACUGUGGGGAAACAGAGUACUUGCAUGAGGAUCGCUGCUGUGUAUUUUGUCCAGCAGGUACUUUUGUCGCUAAUCACUGCAGUGCUUCGCAUUCGAGAGGAAAAUGUGACUCUUGCAAGGAAGGAGAAGGUUUUACUGCCCAUGAGAAUGGCUUGGAGGAAUGCUUGCAUUGCAGACACUGCAAAGAGGGUCAGAUGAUUGUGAGACCCUGUACUCUGACACAGAAUGCUGAAUGCCGGUGCAAGCGAGGGUAUUUCUGUGCUGAUGAGGGCUGUGAAAUAUGUUGGAGACACAGUCAAAUGCAUCCGGACAGGGAAGAAAUCACACCGAAUUGCAGCGAUACUACAGACCCAGGAUGUGGAUUACCCAGCCAAGGGAAGGGAGCUCUUGUUUUGGUUAUUCUCAUGGUAUUUGGUUUGGUUUUGCUACUGGUUUUCAUUCUGAAAAAGCUGAAGUGUGAUAAAGCUGCCUCAACUGAUAAAGAUGCAGAGGGAGGUCUACUACAAGAACCAAAGUGUCAGAUAAUUGUUAAAGAUCUCUCUCAAAAGGAACUGAGAGAUACCUUUGAUGUCUUCAUAAAGGAAGUACCUCCACAUCAGUGGAAGCGGCUUAUGAAAACUUGUCUACAGAAAAAUGAUAUUGAUACAAUUAUUUCUAGAUUUCCUGAUAACAGAGAAGAACAAUCCUAUCAGAUGCUUCUCAUCUGGAAAAACACACUGGGAAAGAAACAAUGUAUUAUUAAUUUACUGGAUGCGUUGAGGCAUAUAGAUGCCAAGGCUUAUUACAAUGUACAAGAGACUUUAAAAAGUAAUAACAUAAUAAGUUAAGUAGAAGUUAAAGAUUAAUAUUUAUGGGGUUUAUGGGGUUUUGUAAAAAUAUUCCUGUUUACAUACAUGUGUCUUCAAAUUUCCUUUAAAUGAAUGUAUGGAGUUGACACCCUCCUCACUUCAUGCAAAGAGCCAGAAGGGCUGUAAUGCCUGGGUUGUUUACAGGUUCUCAUGACCUUCCUCCCUUUCAGUUGUGAAGUACUAACCUCUGGUGCUAUAUGCCCACUUGGGAGCCAGGAGCUCGUGCAUCCCUUAGUGUGGCGGUGCUAUGCUGUCCUAACCUGGGUGGUGGAGACCAAGAGUCCACUGGUGUUUUUGAGAGUACUGUUAUGCUUUGGUUUAUGAAACGAUUUUGUUUUGUAUCCGACUGCUCAGCACCGUUAUGUUUGGAGCACAGCAAUAAAAGCGUGAUUGAGACGGAA